GGAGCUGGACCCGUAUUGGCUCUGCUGAAGGUUCUGCUGCUGCUGCUGGGGCUGGGUGUUUCAGUGAACUCAGAUGUUUCUCGGCAGAAGAGAAUCGUUGGAGGUCAUAACUGUGAUGACAGGGAGCGUCUUCAUCAUGUUCGGCUGGAGAGCAGCAGGGGUGAUGAAAUGAUCCGCUGUGGAGGAACUCUGAUCCACCGUCAGUGGAUUCUGACUUCAGCUCAGUGCUGGAAGUCGGAGCCAGGAUGGACUAACACAGCAAUAUUGAAGGUUCAUCCACGGACUGCUGGGCAACAGAGUCAGGUAAUCCGAGACAUACCUGUGACUUAUACUCACAAUGGCCUCCAGCAUGACAUCAUGUUGCUGAAGCUUCAGACACCAGUAACAGAUGUCCAACCUGCUCAGCUACCAGACUGCAGGCGUGAACUUAGAAGAGGCGAUACUGUUCAGCUGGCAGGAGAGGCAUUAACGACAAUCGGCCCCAAUAAUGAGAGAUGUGAGAGAAAUAUUGAAGUUAUGAGAAUACAAUCUUUGUUUCUGUCUCUUCAGAGAAGAUCAACUUUAGAACAU